GCAGUUUCUCCCCCCUCCUCCCUCCUCCCUCCCUCCAAGCUCCGCCGAUAAAUCUAAAAUAGGUGUGACUGCAGCGCUCAAAAAGGCCAGUUCGGCGUCAAUUAAUAUCAAGAUUCAACCCGGUUCCUGAUUGCAGCUUUUUUGGAUUAUGGGGACGUCGGUGUGUGCCAACUGCAGACGCUUGCCAAGAUUAAACCAUCAUCCGGAGGUAGAAGACAGGAUCACGAUUUAGAAAAACAAAACAAAAAAAAAAAACAAAACAAAAAAAACAAACAAACCAAAAAACCCUAAUAAUACGUGCGUGAAUGCGAUUUUCUUUGAAUUUUUCGGUGCGCGUUUUUUCUGUGAAUCUUCUCCGUAUAUUUGGACGCGUUUUGAGGGUUUGGAGCGCGCGGUGAGCGGUAGCAGCAGCAGCAGGGCUGUUUCCAGCUCAGAGUUAUUGGCAUACCCUGCAAUCAUCAUCGUCACCGUCAUCAUCUGAUUGGUAACAUUCAUUUUAAUAUAACUGGCAUGAGCAGCUGUCACAGUUUCCUCCCGUUUUUUUUUUUUUUUAGCGCUACGGUGUGUGAGGAACGGUGAACCAGUCUGCUGCUGCUGCUGCUGCUGCUGUUGUGUGUGACGAGAUUAUUUCCAGAUACAGAGGGGCAGUUUGGAGUCUCAUGCGUCCAAAUCAAACAAUUAAGAUGACAAAAAAGGGUGAUUGUCUCCAUUACCGAGCGAGCUGCGUUGGGAUUGCGUUGCAUUUCGUUGGGGGACAGAGAGCAGAGGAGGAGGAGGAGAGGAAGGAGAAGCAGAGGAGAGCAGCUGAACCGCCGCUGACUGGCAAGCUGUGGCUUCAGUGAUGGACUGAUCUGGAGGUGAAGGGAUCCCAGUCACAGCCUCAGUUUCAUUUCUUCCCUCCUCCCUCAGGAGCCUUCAUUCUUUAACAAAAACACCUCUGGACACUCUGCAGCACAGGUGAGGCUGCAGUGCAAACCCAACGAAUUGUCCUGAUGACUGAAAUACUUCAAGCUUUCAGAGAUCAUACCUGGAUCACUGUCUCUGUAAUGCCUUCACAAUCUGAUUCCUUCAGCGCACCGAGACGGCAUUAAGCCUCACAACGCUCCUCUUAUACUAAGUGCCCUGGAGACCCACCUGGAUCCAGUCUGCACCCCCAGAUGUUCUGAUUUCUUCUCCAGAAAGUCCUGUAUUUUUGGCUGCAUGGACACUUCUUCAAAGACGUGGCUGCCGCAUCAGGGUCAGUUUGGCUUGGUUGGUCAAGCGGAGGUUUGCUGUGGUGGACCGGGAGUGUUGACGCCAAACCAAUCCCGCAGGGCAAGUUUUGCCUCUGUAAGACAGUCGAGUAUGGAGACUCCUCCUAACACGAACCCUCAGCCCUUCAGGCAGCCGAGUUUUCUCAAUCGGAGGCUGAAGGGCUCCAUCAAGAGGGCGAAAAGCCAGCCGAAGCUGGACCGGACCAGCAGCUUCAAACAGAUGAUUCUGCCCCGGUUUCGUAGUGCUGACCAAGAGAGGACUCGCUUGAUGCAAAGCUUCAAAGAAUCCCACUCCCAUGAGUCCCUCCUUUCCCCCAGCAGUGCUGCAGAGGCUUUAGACCUAGUUCUGGAUGAAGAUGCCAUUAUCAAGCCUGUCCACUCUAGCAUUUUAGGACAAGAGUACUGCUUUGAGGUAACCACCAAUUCAGGGACAAAAUGUUUUGCCUGCCGAUCAGCUUCUGAAAGAGACAAAUGGAUUGAGAAUCUGCAACGAGCGGUCAAACCAAACAAGGACAACAGCAGGCGGGUGGAGAAUGUGCUCAAGUUGUGGAUAAUUGAGGCUCGAGAUCUUCCAGCUAAGAAACGCUACUACUGCGAGCUUUGUCUGGACGACAUGCUGUACGCGCGCACCACCAGCAAACCCCGCACCGACACGGUCUUCUGGGGAGAACAUUUUGAGUUUAACAAUUUGCCAACCAUUCGUAGCCUUCGUUUGCACCUUUACAAAGAGACAGAUAAAAAGAGACGCAAGGAGAAAAGCACAUACAUCGGCCUCGUCAGCAUCCCAAUAUCCAGCAUCACGGGCCGACAGUUUGUUGAGCAGUGGUACCCGGUGAUACAGUCCAGUGUUUUAGCCAAAGGUGGCGGCGUUGGAAGUGCCAAAGUGAUCAAUGCUUCGCUGCGUGUCAAGUCGCGCUAUCAGACUAUGAAUAUUCUCCCAAUGGAGCUGUACAAGGAGUUUGCCGAGUACAUCACCAACAACUACCGAACACUGUGCGCGGUGCUGGAGCCGCUGCUGAGCGUGAAGAGUAAAGAGGAGGUGGCGUUUGCUCUGGUGCACAUUCUUCAGAGCACAGGGAAAACAAAGGAGUUUCUUUCAGACAUGGCGAUGUGUGAGGUAGAUCGAUUUAUGGACCGUGAACAUUUGAUCUUUCGGGAAAACACACUGGCUACAAAGGCUGUGGAAGAGUACCUCAAACUAAUAGGUCACAGAUACCUCAAGGAAGCUAUAGGUGAUUUCAUUCGAGCCUUAUACGAGUCUGAGGAGAACUGUGAGGUGGACCCAAUGCGUGUCCCACCGUCAGUCCUUGCUGACCACCAAGCCAACCUCCGGAUGUGCUGCGAGCUUUUACUCUGCAAGAUCAUCAACUCCCUCUGCAUCUUUCCCCGGGAGCUGAAGGAGGUUUUUGCCUCUUGGAGAGCCAGAUGCGCCGAGCGAGGAAGAGAGGAUCUCGCCGACAGCCUCAUCAGCUCCUCCCUGUUCCUGCGCUUCAUGUGCCCGGCCAUCAUGUCACCGUCCCUGUUCAACCUGAUGCAGGAGUACCCGGCCGAGCGCACGUCCCGCACGCUCACGCUCAUCGCCAAGGUGAUGCAGAACCUGGCCAGCUUCACCAAAUUUGGACCCAAGGAGGAAUACAUGUAUUUCAUGAACGAGUUCCUGGAGAUGGAGUGGGGCUCCAUGCAGCAGUUCCUCUAUGAGAUUUCCAACAUGGACACUGGAGGAAAUGCCGGAGGCUUUGAGGGCUACAUCGACCUUGGUAGGGAGCUGUCCAUGCUGCACAGCUUGCUGUGGGAAGUCAUGGGACAGCUCAGUAAGGAUGCAAUCCUCAAACUCGGACCCCUGCCACGGCUGCUGAACGACAUCAGCGUCGCCCUGAGGAAUCCGCAGCUCCACAUGCCCACAAACCACCAACCGGAGAGACCGAAGGACAGACUCUUCUCCCGCCCAUCCUUCAAUCGCCUUAUGUCCUCUGAUUUCCAAAGCCUUAUGAUGCGUGAUUUAAACAGCUCGAUAGACAUCUCGCGCCUCCCGUCGCCCACGACCGGAGUCUCAGCUGUAGAAUCCCUCUCCUCCAAUCUGAACAUGAGGCGUCAGGCCGAGCGAGACCUCCGCUCUUCGUCCAGGGAGGUGUUCUACGUCACCCGCCCACCUCUGGCUCGAUCCAGCCCUGCGUACUGCACCAGCAGCUCGGACAUCACAGAACCCGAUCCGAAGGUCCACAGUGUCAACAAAAGUGUCUCCAUGAUGGACCUUCAGGACUCCCGAAUGAACAGCAUCUCCAACCUGAACUCCGUUGGAGACAUGCUAGCCUCCUCUCAGGCCUCCAUUGCUGGCCUCGGCCACAGCUUCGGGAACCUGGGCGCCCCACUUCGUAUGGGGGGCCACUUGCCCCCGGGGUCAUCUGGCUCUGGCCUCAGACUGAGCCAGAUGGGCCACGUAGGGGCCCCAACAGAAUCCAUCUCCCAGCAGCAGCAGCAGGCAGCUGCAGCGAUGCAUUUCCCCCUUUCUUUCCAGAAUCCUCUAUUCCAUCUGGCUGCCCAGAACUCCCCGGCUCAGUCCCAGGCUCCUCCUCCAGCUGCCGCCCCUCCUCCGCUGCUCCUCACCCCGGAGGCUGAGAACGGCCACCCCGACUACCCGCCCGCCUUUGGCAACAGCGCUUUCUCCCGCAGCGAGGACCUUUCUGCCCUGCAGUCGCAGAGCAGCCUGGUGCAGCCCAGCAUCGUACAUUCGCACAGCUACAGCGACGACUUCACCCGGCAGAAUCAGAACCACGACUACGCCUGGCACCAGCUGUCUCUGCAGGUGCAGGAGUCUCUGCAGCAGCAUCACCUGAUGGGAGUCACAUCUCAGACAGGCACCGGCACAGGCACUCCUGCUUCCUUGGCUACACCUCCGACGACAGUUCAUCCGUCCCGCCAGUCAUCUAUUGCUGCUCAGCACCUCAAGUCCCAGCGCUCCAUCAACACACCUGCCACUGCCACGCCUCCAAAGGUUCGUCCACAGAGCAGGAACCUCCUCCUCAACUCCUCGGAUGCGAGCUUCAGCGGCAGUCAGCCAAAGUCCCGCCCAUCGAAGCAAAUGACACAGCAGCAGCAACAGCAGCCGCCGCCACAGCAGGACGGGCAGCUGCUGGUCACUGACAGUCCGGCUCCAGGGCUACCCUUCCAGACAAGCUCCGCUAAAGAAAACCAGGCUCCGGCAGCAGCUGCAGAGGAGUCCACAGACACGCCCACAAAAAGCAGCAAGAAGCCUCAGCAGUCACAGCUGCAGCCGCCGCAGCAGCAUCUCCUGAAACCGGUCGCAAACAAACAGGGUAACAGCCAGGGAAUGAACGAGCGGACGGUCGCAUGGGUCUCCAACAUGCCACACCUCUCUGCCGACAUCGAGAGCCUGCGGCCGGACCGCGAGGGCCAGCUGAAAGAGUACUCUAAGAGCAUGGAUGAGUCACGACUAGAAAGGGUGAGGGAAUACGAAGAGGAAAUUCACUCUCUGAAGGAGCGGCUGAAGAUGUCGCAUCGCAAACUGGAAGAGUACGAGCAGAGGCUUCUGAGCCAGGAGCAGCAGACCAGCAAGAUCCUGCAGCAGUACCAGAACCGCCUCGAUGACAGCGAGCGGCGCCUGAAGCAGCAGCAGCUGGAAAAAGACUCUCAAAUCAAAGGCAUCAUCAGCAGACUCAUGGCUGUGGAAGAUGAGCUGAGAGGGGGUGCCAUUCCUGAUAUUAAGCCUCGAAUCCUCACAGACCAGUCUCUCAGCCAGGUCUAUGGGGGCCUCCCUGGAUCCUGACUGCUAGCUCCAAAGUGACCAGAAUUCAUGAUGGUCACUCGGGUGUAAGAAGGUGGAUAAAAACGGCUCCUACAGACUGACUCGAGUCAAAGGCCUACAAAGGACCAACGAUGGUGUCAUCGCACAACAUUAUCCAUUAAGAAAUAUUUUCAAAGUUGUUGCAAAUAUUAAAACUAAGCCUGUAACAGAACUUGACAAUCAACUCAGCAAGAGGACCAACGUGUGCAGCAAAUGCUUUGCACGGUUUGGUUGAAAUAUAAGCCAGUGCCACAAUAACGACAAUACUGUUCCUAAAGAGUUUUUGUAACUGUGGUGAAGAAGUUGUGGAAAACAGUGGGAUGAAGACGGAUUUAAGAUUACUUCCCCUCUUCUACAAGAAGCUUCCCACUUCAGUGGCUGAGGAUAAAAUGUAUAGAAGAGGAUUUUACCAGGCACAAUAUUCCUUCAUGGUGACGCCUUCAACAAGCAACAAGCAUGUUGUUGAAUCAUCAAAUAUUUUCUACUUUAGAUUUAGUAGAAUUUAGCUUUUUUAUUUUUCUUUAUAUUAUAGCCAUCUCAUCUUAAAAAGCCAGACAAGUUCUACAAUCAGCUGAUUUGAGUACAAUCUGAGGUCUGUGAUUUAACUUUUUAAGUUUGAAAGAUAUCGCUAAAACUUGACUUUCAAUGUGUAUAAAAAUGUAUUCGUAAAUAUUCUAAAUCCAUUUAAUAAUGGGGACACUUAAACUAAUCUAAUUUUAUAAAAGUGAUGGAUAUAAUGACAACAUGGUGAGUUUUCAAAACAGUGAUACAGAUUUUUCUAAGGAAAAUUCUGGGCAAAUUAAACACAUUACAGUAUUGUAACAAUUUCAUCCAGUACUAGAUGUAAGGAGUCUUGGAACCAAAGGUGGGUUGAAUGGCAACCAAAUUAAAAUUCAUGUCUGUCCUUGGGUAUUUUAAAAUAUGGUUUGGGUGAUAUAAUGUAGGCAUGAGGAAUCUGUAUCUAAACUGUUGUAUGCAUUUCUCAGAACAGACUCAUUUUGGAGUAUGGGGGAGAGAUUCUAAUUGGAGAAUAAAGAUAACACAGCAUCACAGAAAUGGGCCAAAUCAAUACAACACAUACUCAAAUCUUUUUGGACAGGUUAAGUGUCAAAUUUUAGUAGUUAUACCCUGCCCCUUUUUUAAUUAGAUGUAAACGCCACCACCUUCCAAACCAAACAACUCUCUGAGUAGCUGCUAGCUUGACUUCGAGUAGCUGCUAGCUUGACUCCGAGUAGCUGCUAGCUUGACUUCGAGUAGCUGCUAGCUUGACUCCGAGUAGCUGCUAGCUUGACUCCGAGUAGCUGCUAGCUUGACUCCGGGUAGCUGCUAGCUUGACUUCGAGUAGCUGCUAGCUUGACUCCGGGUAGCUGCUAGCUUGACUCCGAGUAGCUGCUAGCUUGACUUCGAGUAGCUGCUAGCUUGACUCUCAGUCACUUUGUAACGCUGUUUUGAAAAUGUGCCAUAAGAUUUUAUGUUAAUAGCUUUGACUAUAAAUUUACUGUGUCCCUGCUUAUAGCUAACACAUUAACAAGCAUUGGAAUACUCAUGUUUUUUUGUUUGUUUUUAAAUGUCUCUGAAGCAUACAUCUGCAACAAUUCUGCAUGUGCUUUUGGUGGCAAGAAUAAGUAAGUCAGUAAUUCUAUGAUUUUGCUACAAUUAUCACGCGUUGAGACAGCUUUUCAUUGUAAGGCAUAUUUUUUAAGCUAACCUGUCAGCUCCUCCAGUUUUUAUUCGGAAGAGUGUGGCACUGAACCUUUUGCAUAAUAGCUACAAUAUGACGGAUGGAGAGAAACGGAUUGAUUAAAACAUUAAAAGACUAAGAAACAGGGAUAUGUAGUAUAUGUGCAUAAGAUUUGACUGCCUUACAGUCUGUAAUACAGGGCCCAAAAAUAACAAAACCAAUACAAAGAAAAAGGAAAAAAACAACAACCUGUAAACUUUGUAUAUUAAAUGUACUUUUUGUAGUCAGGUGAUGAAUUGAUAAGCAGUGUGUUGGUUAACUCUAUUAGAAUCAUUUACAUUACAAAUUUCAUGGUUGAUAUAUUUUAUCUUAACCUCUUGCCUUUAAAAAUACAUUUUACUUCAAGAUAAAUUAUAAAAAAUUACAUGUUUAUGUUACCAGAAAUGUAUAAAAUAGCUUAAUGUAUAUCUAUUCUUAUAUGUAAAAUGUAUUAAAAUCAAGGGUAGGCCCUCAGGCAUGUUAAAGUUGUGGCAAAAACUAAUUCUUAUAUUCUAUGAUGACUCUUAAUGCUGCAAUCCAGAAACAACAGUUGCGGGCGGAGUGUUUUUCUUUUCUUCCGGAGGAAUUGAUGAUUAUUAUACUAGCUCGCCUGUGUUGUGUAACCAAAACAGUUGUGGUGCUUUCAUCAAUGCUGGAUUGCAGUUUUAAGUUCUUUUUGAAAUAUGUAUCUAUUUAUUUACUUGGCCUGCAUUGCAAUACAGUAUUCUAAAAUGUUAAAUUUCAUAUCUGUUUUUAUUUUUCUGGACGCUGCAAUCCUUGGUCUGUGAGAAAUGUUUUCAACGAAAGCAAAUAUAAACUAUUUAAAGUUAUGCCUAUAUAUUAUUGAAGGUUUAUCUGUGUUGGUUGCAAUGGGCUACCUCUUAGAUAAAGCCCUUGCCAGUUGUCUGCUUUAUACCAUACAAAGUAAGGAAAUAUUUUUGUUUUAUUUGGUUAGAACAACUUGGUUUUUUUUUUUAAAUUACCCCAAGUACAAACUAGUUAACACUUUACUACUAACCAAAUAGGGAAAUAAAUCAGGUUCAGAUCUUGGUUGCUUGCUUAUUGCUAUUUCUGGAUGCUCCACGCUUUCUGAGGUUUCUCAUAUUUAAGUGCCGUUACCAUCACAGUCAAAUUAAUAUUAUUUGCAUUCCAAAAAUUUGUCAUACUCUCAGGUGUUAUGAUGAGCACAGAGGAAACAAAACAAAUAUUGCAUUUCUAUUAAAUUAACACAGAGGGAGGCAUUUCUACAUUUGGUUGACCAAAAAAAGUUGAUCUUUAGUCACUAAUCUAGAGCUAAAAAAAUUUCAUCUGUCAUUAAGUUUGCAAAAGCUGAGGAAGGUCUGAGGAAGCACAAAAACUGAGACAAUUAAAAGGAAACUGUAUUUUCAGUCAAAAUGUCUGCCAGUUAUGCCAGUCAGAGCUUUUAAAAAUCUGAAAAGGUAACGGGCCCAAAAAGCUGCAGCUUGUUUCCUGCUACAGAACAUUCAGAGACUUUUUGCAGAUGGGAAUUUUGGUUAAUCCAGAUACCCAUGAAUAUGAAACCCUUUUACUUUCCGUCACUCUUUGUGCUCUACAUGUCCAUUAUUGUGAUGAACCAGAAGUUGAAUUUAUAUUUGGCACACAAGUUCACCAGUAACUGAAGAAAGACCCACUGUAAUAACGUAUUAAAAGAAUUUAUAUGGAGAAUUCUAUUGAGAAGUGUUUGUUUGCAAAAUUGUGAAAUCUUAGAUAAUUUAUGAAAUUUUGUGAGAUAAAGGGGUGGGGGGAGGGAAACUGCCAUAUUCCUGAAGGCAAAGCAGGACCUAACAGAGUAAGAUUAUCUUAUAUAUUUUAAGAAAGAAUAUACAACAUCAGUCAACCUAUUCAUGUUUCUAAAAUGGAUGUAUAACAUUAUGGAGUGGAAAAAUUAUUUUUUUCUUGGCAGCUAUUACUCUGCACAAUUGAUCUACUGUGUCACAAACAUAUUGCUGGUGGGAUUUUUGACUUGAAUUAGGCCUCCUGGAUGUAAUACCUUAAUUUACUUGAGGUUCCUUUUGAAAUAAGCCAUGCCCCAUUGAUAAGCCAUACCCUCCAGACCCCUGAUGUUGUGUGGUGGAUGUUUAACGUUGGUAAUUUUAUUUAUAAUGGUAGUAAUCGUAGGUAUGAUUGCGCUUGUAAUUAUUAUUAGUGUAAGUAUACUUGAUUGAUAUGACUUGUUUUGAACAAAGGGAAUGUAUUCAUAUUUCAGGUGAUUUUUUUCCGAGUGAUUUAAAUAAAUUAUUAAAUCCCUAA